AUGCUCCAAGAAGUCACCGCAGCCGCAAACCACCUCUGUAAAUACCUCCUCCUCGGCAAGUCGGCGUCGACGCUGUCGAACGAAUCGAUUGUCCUCUUCAACAAGGCACUGGUCUCCCUCCUCAUCCAAAAGUUCAAGGGCCACUGGGACCCCAACUUCCCGAUGCGAGGCAACGCCUACCGAAGCAUCUCGGUCUUCAACGGCGUCCCUGACCCGCUCAUUGAGGAGGCCGCCCACCAUGCCUCCAUUCCCAACAUCGAGUGCUUCUUCCCCCAGGAGCUGGUGCUGUGGAUCGACCCUCGCUGCGUCUCCUACCGAACCGGCGACUUUGGUCCCGUCGUCAACAUUUGGGAGCGCGAGGAGCUUCCCCCGACAACGUCCGAGCUCAUGGCCUCGGUCCCCGUCGUUUCGUCCGCCGCCCCGACCUCGACCCCGCUCACUGUCACAUCACCUGUAUUUACCCCCAAGUACCAUCCCUCGGCCAAGGUCACUCCGCCGUCGCCUCCCAAGUACACAACCUACCGAUCCAAGGCUGUGCCCAUCACCUACCCUGGCCAGAGCCCUAAUCUCGCCUACCACCCCUCGGCAGUGCCCCAUUCGUACUACCGACCAUCGCAAUCCACCUACUCGCGAGGCGUCUUUGCCAACUAG